AUGGUCUACAGUGGCUUCGAGAUCGUGGAGUUCCUACUGAAGUUCGUGCAGAAUGGCAGGUAUGAAACCACAGACAAGCCCUGUGAUAUUGGUGAUGAUCCCGCUACAAUCAAAGGUGAAUGGCCCGAGUUUGAUUUCUCGACCUUAGACCCAGUCUAUCCACAGAAGACUGGUAUGUAUGAAAACUCGGAAGAUGCCUUCCAGAAGAGAGCGUCAUUUGCCAAACAAUGGCUCUUCGAACGUCCCGAGGAGUGCAUCGUCGUUGUCACACACUCGGGAUUCUUGAAACGAGUCAUCAAGGGGCCGAAAUAUCAAAACGUGGAGUAUAGGACAUAUGAGCUUGUCGAGGAUGCGGAUGACCUAAAACUUAACGAGAUCGACAGAUAUGUCUUUUGA